UUAUUAUCUACUCACCAUUAAUACCCUGCAGCAAAACCAAAUUGGAGCAAGAGAAUCCUCUCUAUUGAAAUCUGAAACAGGAAAAAAAAAAAAAAAUACUACGACUAUAUCAAAAAAGAAAGGGACAAACUCAUCAGAAGUACCCAUUUCUCUAAAGCUACAAAACCUUCUCUCUCUUCAAUUCUCAUUAAACCUCUCUGUGUCAACUCUGAUGAAGAUUCUAAUUAAGCACCCAGCAUGUAUUUUCCUCAUUUCCUUUCUUUCUCGUCCGCUGGAAUUGGUUUGUACCUUGAGUGGAGCUGAAGCAUUUCAGUUUUAAUGGGUAGGUGAGGAGGCUAUAAGAAGGGAUAUUGUGUUUGGCUAGGGCAUUCAGUACCAAAAGCUAGGGCAACAAAAGGGCUAUAUAUCUCUUCCUGCUUCUCUUUUGGUUGGCUAUUGAGUUAUUUUAGCUUUAAAUUUUGGCCUUUUUCUUGUCGUCAUGGCUUCAUCAAACAGACACUGGCCUAGCAUGUUCAAGUCCAAGCCCUGCAACGCUCACCGCCACCAAUGGCAGCACGACAUCACCCAAUCAUCUCUGGUGCAAACUGCUUGCCACAGAACCCCUUACGCUUCAGUUCCUGGAUGUGAAGAGCGAAGUCCAGAGCCAAAGCCAAGAUGGAACCCAAAGCCUGAGCAAAUUCGGAUAUUAGAAGCAAUCUUCAAUUCUGGCAUGGUGAAUCCACCAAGAGAUGAGAUAAGGAAGAUCAGAGCUCAAUUACAAGAGUAUGGUCAAGUUGGCGACGCCAAUGUCUUUUACUGGUUUCAAAACAGAAAAUCAAGAAGUAAACACAAGCUGAGACACCUCCAAAACUCAAAGCAACAAACUUAUCAAACCCCUUCAGUUACCACAUCAAUCAAUACUGUCACAGCACCUUCUUCUUCGUCAUCUUCCUCAGAGAAAUCCUCUCCAAAGGGCUCUAAAAGGACUCUAUCUUUGAGCUCUCCAAGUGUUGUUGAUGUGUCCAAUUCGCCAACUGGUUCAGUGAAUCAGACCUAUUUUCAAGCACACAAUGAGUUCGUGCCUGAACCCUUUUUCUUCCAGGCUCAACAGACUGGAGCCGGAGGAGGAACUAGGUCAUUUACACAAGGGUAUUGCUUUUCUGAUCUAUCAAAUUUGGUUCAAGUUCAAGAUGAUACAGUGGGGAAUUUGGUUCAACUUCAAGAUAAUACAGUUGGGCCUUGCACUGGCCUUCUGCUGAGUGAGAUAAUGAGUUCAGAAGCUUCAAAGAAAGAUCUUCAUCAUCAAGACAAGAACAUGAAGAUACAACCAUACCUUAGUUGCCCUGUCACGACUACAAUGUCUCACAGCAUCGGUUUUGCUCCUUCUCUACCUGUUCCUACCACUAAUCCUAAUAACGUCACUGUUCCAUCUACUAUCCGCCAAAUUCAAGGCGCAGCAGAGUCGGCUUCUGUGGGGUCCAGUGGCUCAUUGAGAUCAACGGUGUUUAUCGAUGACGUUGCAUUUGAAGUGGGAGUGGGGCCAUUCAAUCUGAGGGAGGCAUUUGGCGAUGAUUUUGUGCUGAUUCAUUCAUCUGGUCAGCCUGUUCUCACCAAUGAGUGGGGUGUCACUUUCCACUCCCUCCAGCAUGGAGCAUCCUACUAUUUAGUACCCCUUUCCAUGAGCGAACACAUUUGAAAGUGGAAAGCUUAGGAUGCGGGCUAGCCAACUAUGGUUGUUGUCCUUCUCUUUGUUUCCUAUCUCUCUUUCGCCUAGGGUUUGAAAAUUGGGUUUGCAGCAACUUAAUUAUGACUGUCUUAUGUAUGAAUCUUAGAACUUGUGGACCAAUGUAUUAUCUUUAGUGUUAUAAUAUAUGUGAAAGCAAUAUAUAUGGAAUAUGCUUAUCUA